GCGACGUUCAAAGUUGGCAACGUGAACACGGUCCGGAUCCACGGUUAGAUCCAAGGCCGACUGGUCUGCAUGAACUGCUCAGGAAACGAUAAAGCUCUAGUGACUCAUUGCCUCUCAUUGCCAACGCCUGUUCUGCCAGUGUUCUCAACUCCCCAUGGACGAACCUUCGCUGCAGAAAGGAUUUUCAAUGUCAUGUACUUGAGGCAAUUGUACCACUGGGAAGAGCCUUAUAGAAGUUUGUCAUCUUCGAUCGUUCAGCAAUGCGAGAGGCACAUCAAUAUGAUGCUCCGGGACAGACUUUUGCAUCGUGCGUUUUCAGCUAGCCACGCAAAACUCCACAACAUAAGUCAUCUGCUUUUCCGUGGAGCAGUUGAAACGUAUAUGAAGUUUCAAGCUUCACAAGCGGAAAGCAUCCGAUCAGCACAAAGUUCGUGCACAGCUUCGGACCAAUAACGCAAAAAAUACUGUUCGAUCACAUACUAAGCCUCCCGAAUGCUUUCCUUACGCUUCAUCCAUACCCAAAUGGUAUUGCAGCGCAGGUCUACACGCGCAUAGUUGAUGACGGC